AUGGUAGUCUGUACCGAAGUACAGAAACAGAUGUUAGCUACUUUUAUGCUAAUAGGCAAUGCGUUGCAGUGGUGGGAGUCUAUCAUUACCAUUGAAGAGAGGACCAGAUUGACAUAUGCUGAAUUUCAGACUCGCUUUGAUAGCAAGUAUUUUCCCUUGUCAGUAAGAUCUGCAAUGAAUACUGACUUUCUGGAUCUACAACAGGGGGAUAUGACUGUGGCCGAAUAUGAACAGAGGUUCAUUAAUUUGUCUUUAUUCGCACCAGAGGAGGGAGAUAAGCGAGCUGACACAGACUUCACUCACCAGACAGUGGAGAGGGGAAGCAGUAGUGGUACCAAGUUUAAUGACCGGGGCAGAGUUCAAGGACAUCAACCUUGGAAGAAAAACAAAGGAAACACAGAGGUGCAAAGAGAUGGGGUUCCUAAUCAGGGUAGACAAGUUGGGGUACCUCAGACUGGACAAGAACAGUUUUCAGGAAAUCAACAGAGGAGGCAGAUAGGUCCUUUUCAGGGACGUUGUUAUCACUCUAGAGAGAUUGGGCAUCCAGCCAACAUGUGUCCCAAAGCUAAAUAG